AUGGGAACAGCACUGCGAGUUUAUGCACUCACCCAGGGUUAUAAAGGAGUUGGGACUUCCGACAUGGUGUCAGGACAACUUCCUGUGGCUAAUAACUCAACAUAUGUAUUGAUGGACACUGGUACAUCCCAUUCUUCUAUUGCUGCAUCUUAUGUCGAUAAGAUAGAUAGGAAGCCUAAGCAUGUGUCAAAUGUAUGUGGUGUUUCAUUACCUUUGAAGGAGGAUAUCAUUGUACGCUCUUGGGUUAAAGUCGUACUAGUCUGGGUAGAAGGUCGGGAGCUGACCGUUGAUUUGCUAGUUUUAUAUUUACAUGAGUACAAUGUUAUUUUGGGUAUGGAUUGGCUAACCAAAUAUGGGGCGGUGGUGAAUUUCAAACGAAGAAAGGUGACUUUUAACCCACCAGGGCAAGAACCGUUCGUGUUCCAAGGCACAGCCUGCGAGAAGAUUUUCGCUAUAAUCUCCACCUUGAGGGCUAGGAAACUACUGGAUGAUGGAUGUAUCAGCUACCUGGCGAACGUAAUAGAAAACGAUAGAGUGGAAAAGCUACAAAUGACGAAGUUCCUCUAUAGCUUCCAGCCGAAAGGUCCCUCCACCAGCCAGCCCACCACGACGUCGUCGACGCCGAACCAGCCUCUCACCCGCCGGCACCGCCUCACUGGCUCUCACCCACCAGCCGAAAGGUUCCGUCUGUGCAGCCAGAAACUAGCCACACCCCACGAAGAAAGUAAAGGAAAGAAGGGAGUGUUAUUGGGAGUUCGGUUCAAGAAAAACGGUUGUGGACUAAGUGAGGAGAAGAAGAAACCACCAAGAACCGGCCACAGUAAGAGGCUCUUCGGGAUAAAACUCUUGAUCUCAGAUUUUUGCUUCAGAAAGCAAUCUAAAGUUCAAAUAGAUCAUCUCAGGUUGUUGGAUGAUAUACUACAUACCAAUGGGUUGGAUCAUUUGUACGCAUUUCAGCAUCCAGGUGAAGUUAGUGUAGGUCAUGAGAAUAAGCGUGCCCAAGCACUUAAAGACCGAUUCAUUCAAAUGGGCGAGAAGCAGUUCCUUAUUUGUCCCUGGAAUAACAAUGCUUUCACGCUAUAUGAUACAGAAAAAGGAAAAAGAGUUGUAAGUCUAAAGUAUUAUAGUCCAAAAUGCCGACAACAACCAAAAACCACAGAGUGCGGUAUCUACUGCAUGAAGUAUGCUAGGGAUCUAAUUUCACAACGAAGAACCAGAGCAUAUCUAUCGAAUAAUUUCAAUUCAGAUUUACCAUAUACUGACGCAGAACUUAAUGAAGUUCAAGAAGAGUGGGCAAAAUAUAUUCUACCGCAACUCGCUAAAUGAUGGCAUGCUUGCAUAGUACCUAUGUGAGGGGAUUUAAUCAUUUUUUGAACUUUUUAUUUCUUUUAUUAGAAAUUGUUAGAACUAAUCAAAUACAGAAAUCAAUCUAACAAAUUAUAUGUAGUUAAUUUA